AUGGCGGCGGCGGGCGGCGGCGGCGGGGCGCGGCGGGGGCUGCUGAAGCGGAAGCCGAACUUCACGCUGCAGGAGCUGGAGGUACUGAUGAGCGAAGUGCUCCGGUACGAGCCGCUGCUGUUCGGCGCCGCGGCUGGUACCGUGAAUGCAUACGAGAAGCAGAAGAUCUGGUGGCGGAUCACGCACAAGGUGAACGCAGCCGGCCGCCACCAGCGCGACAUCGGCGAGGUGAAGAACCGCUGGCGGGGGCUACGCCGCCGCGCCGGGGACAAGAUCAGCCGGCACCGGCUGGAGCGGCAGGCCCCGGCGGGCAGGGCCUCCGCCAGGAACGGGAACACCAUCAGCAUCGGCAAUAACGGGAGCAACGGGAACGGCGCGGCCGAGCCCGGCCCGGGACCCGCCCCCGUCCCUGCCCCCGUCUGGGGUCUUCGCGGCGCCGCCGGAACCGAGCCUCCGAUGCGCAGCGCCGAGGGGUCGGCACAGCACGGUGUGAAGGAGGAGCCGGAGAAGGAGGAGCCUGUGGAGGUGAAGACUGAGCCCUUCCACGGUCCCGCUGCUGGCGGCAUUCCCGGCCGCGGCUCAGACUGCCGGCUGCCCCGCUCCGGCAUCUGCCCGCCCAGCGAGCUGUGUGAGGGCUGGAGCCGGAGCCCCCCGCGCCCCGCACCCUCCGAACUCUCCCUCGGCGACCUAGGCGGGCAGCAGGAGACGCUGGGCUCCGACUUCCCGAGUCUGCUAUUGGAGCAGGAGGCCGAGCAGCUCAAUCACUGCGGCUCGAGAGAGGCGGGGCCCCCCGGGCCGGCGGGGUUGGACGAGACCCCCGAGUGCCCCCAGCUCAGCCUCGUGCAGUCCAAUGAGCGGCUGGUGCAGGAAAUGCGGGCGUUCCGCCGGGAAUACGCCGAGAGCCGUCAUGAAACCACGGCUGUGCUGCGCGGCAUCGCUCAGGCACUGGGCGUGCUCAGCCGCAGCCUGGCCGAAAUCCGUGACCUCUACCUCCGGGAGCGGGGGGUCCCCAAAUCCUGAGCCCCCCACGCAGCUGGCUGUGUACACACACCCCUACCCCUCCCCUCAGAACCCACCUCCCUGCUUUUAUUUUUUUAAUUACUAUUAUUAUUAUUUCUUUUCCUCUC